AUGCUUUUCAGUCUCGGCCGAGGCAAGAGCCUCCAGUUCGGCGUCACGACAUGUUGUUUAAUCGCAUUUGUGCUCUUUGGCUACGAUCAGGGCGUGUUUGGCGGCAUUCUCCAGAUGGAAGACUGGCUAGACCAGUUCAACCACCCGUCCGAUUCAGAAACCGGCAUCAUCGUGUCGUGUUACAACCUGGGAUGUCUUUUCGGCUGCGUUCUCAACUUCAUUUUCGGCGAGCGACUUGGUCGUCGAAAGACGAUCUGGGUCGCCAUGGGGCUUGUCAUCAUCGGUGCCACGCUGCAGGCGACGGCAUACACAGUCCCUCACUUGGUUGUCGGACGCCUCGUGACAGGCUUCGGCACCGGUAUGAAAACCUCGACAGUCCCAAUGUAUCAGUCGGAGCUUUGCGACAAGAAGUACCGGGGCCGACUCGUGUCCGCCGAGACGCUCUUUGUGGGCGUUGGAAUCGUUUUCGCGUACUGGUUUGACUUUGGCAUGUCCUAUGUUGGCGGUCCGGUCGCGUGGCGACUGCCACUCGCAUUUCAAAUCGUCUUCGCCAUCGUCGUCGUCGUCCUGGUCUUCGCUCUCCCCGAAUCUCCCCGAUGGCUGUUCAAGCAUGGCCGUGAGAAGGAAGCAGUCCAGGUUCUCUGUGACGUGUUCGACAAAGACCCCACAGACGAGUACAUUCGAGCCGAGGUCCACGCCAUUCACAACGCCAUCGAGGUCGAGGUCGCCGAGAAGAAGUCGGCCUCUUGGGUCAGCAUCUUCAAGAACGACCGCCUGCGGACCGGCCAUCGUGUCCUCUUGGCAUGGGGCGCUCAGUUCAUGAACCAGAUUGGGGGGAUCAACCUGGUCGUCUACUACAUUCCCUCGGUUCUGGUGCAGAAUGUGGGCAUGACGGCGCACAUGGCCCAGAUCAUCGGAGGAUGCGUGCAGAUGAUGUUCAUGUUCGGCUCCAUCUUGCCUGCACUCGCGCUGGACCGCAUGGGUCGACGCAAGACGAUGAUGUGGGGAAGUGCCGGACUCGGCGUCUGCAUGCUCAUGAUUUCGAUCCUGUUGUCUCGAGUCGGGCUAGCCAACGGCCAGGCGUGCGCUUCAGCGUCGGUGGCAUUCUUUUUCCUCUAUAACCUGAUCUUUGGCAUGGGCAUGAAUUGCGUUCCCUGGGUCGUGGUUCCGGAAAUCCUCCCGCUCCAUGCCCGAACACGCGGCACCGCCGUCGGCAUCAGCUCCAAUUGGUUAUGGAACUUCUUCGUCGUAAUGAUCACUCCGGUCAUCAUCAACCGCCUGCAGUGGAAGGCUUACCUGAUCUUCGUGGUCACCAACUUCGUUUUCGUUCCCGUCAUUUACUUCUUCUACCCCGAGACCAGCAACUUCGGGUUGGAGGAGAUUGACGAGUUCUUCACAUCGGGCGGCAACCCGGUCAAGGUUGCUAAGGAAAUGUCCAAGGCCAUGAAGGCCGGGGUCGAUAGAUCCGGAUGUGAUGCGGAAAAAGUGCCGAGCUCCUUGGAAAAGACCGAGGUGAUGGUGGAGCACAGGUAG